UAUAUUUUAGCUUCAUUUUUUAUUAAUUUAACAUUUUUGCAAAUUCCAUAUAUCAUCAAAACGGCAGUGUUUUGGGAUUACGAGGCUUACAUUAGUGAGUUCACUGCUGGAAAAUUCGAGAUCCUACAACAACAGCGUUUCACUUUGUCAUCACCUUGCUCUCUGUCUCAAAACCAGCCUCUAUAAUUCAUACAACAAGUUAAACUCUCGCAAUUUCCAAGAACCUUCCUUUACCCAUUUCAGCCCCACACUCAAACUUGACCCUUUCAUUUUCAAACCACCUUUAUCGUAAACUCAAAUCCAAACUCUCUUGUCGUGUCUCGUUCAAAUGGGUGGUACCGCUUCAACUCCUCAGACACAUACGUUGAAAACCAGCGACCCUCCUCUUCGACCAACGAAACUUCUUGUUAAUGUUUCUAUCGAGAACACGUUGGGUGCAAUUCAGGUGCUGAUGUCGCCGGAAAAUACCGUCGGCGAUUUAGUAAAGGUGGCAUUGAUUACUUACGAGAAGGAGAAGAGAAGACCGCUAUUGAAAGAGACCGAUCCAAAACACUAUCAACUUCACUAUUCUCCUUACACCCUCCAAAGUUUGAAGGAAAAUGAAAAAUUGAAGAACUUGGUGUCAAGGAAUUUCUUUCUGUGCUCAAAUUAAGCAUGUGAGAUUUGAUUGGGCAUUUCAUUUGAAGAUUUUGUUCACAAUUUUUUGGAUUCAUGCUAUGAGUAAGAGAUUAAGGUUGUUGUGGUUCAUCGAAUCUGGAUCGGCCAGUUUGUGACGAGGAAGGAGCAUUGCAUAUUCGUUGAUUCAAAAUGUAUGAUUGAACAUUUUUGAGGGACAAUGUCUCAUGUAUCUUGUGAAAGGGUAACGUGAAAUGAAAAUAAUACAAUUUGGAUUUUUUUUUGUUUAGCUGCAUUUUUUUUUUUGUGAUUGUACUAUAUCAUUUAUUUAUGACUUUGUGCAAAUUAUAUUAUUUAGGAAAAUAUAUUUAAAUUAGAGUGAAAA